AUGAUCGUGCGAGUGGAACGGAGAGGAGGGGCAGGAGGGGAGGCAGGAGGGAAGGCAGGAGGGGGGGCGGGAGGGGAGGCAAAAGGGGAUGGUGGGGCAGGCGUAUCGGAGGAAGCACAUCCGAAUGCUUCUGCAGCAGCUGCAGCAGCACGGGUAUUCCCGAGAGGGGACGACAAGCAGUGGGGGAGGUACGUGGACAUUUGCAGAGAGGCAGAGGCAGCACAGGAAGAUAAGCUUGCUGCGGACAGGGAUGGGGAGGAGACAGAAGCAGGAGAUGGAAGCCGGGACAUGGAUGACAUGUUGAGUCAUGAUGUGGUGGAGACACGUGCAGAGGGAUUGGAACGGCUGCAGGUGCUGAUUGAGGAGCUGCGUGAACACACAGACGCCAUGACUGCUAGCUUCGAUUCCAUGCGCCCAGUGGUGAAUGCAGGACGUUGGGCGGCAACACCAGGAGGAGGAGAUGGAGCAGCAGGAGGUGGGGCAGCAGCAGCAGGAGGAGGAGAAGGAGCUGCAACAGCUCAUGGGGGCCCAGCAGUGCGUGAGGGAAGAGCAGCAGUGCGCGGAGUGAGAGGAGGAGCUGCGGAAGCAUCGGAGCCGGUGGAGAGCACGCUGGAAGACAAAAGGCUGGUAGAGGGGGCAGCAGGGGAAGCGGCAGCAGGGGAAGCAAAACUAAGCAGCGGAAAGUCAAGCUUCAAGCAUUCUGAAGGGAGCCAAGCUGCAAUCCCCGUGCAAGUGUACUGCCCUCCGCUUGAGUCCUUGACUCUCCAGUCCCUCUCCUUUGCCUCCACUCCCCAUGCCCCCUGGCUGCCUCCCACCCUUUCCUCUGAGUCUCCUCGCAUGUACCUCUCCUCGCACAACUCGCCACCAUCAGAUUCAUGUCACUCAUCCUCCUCCUCUUCCCUCUCCUCCUCUGCCCCAUGCCCUAGCGGUCACCCAAUGUCCUUUGAGUCCCUUGCUCGAGCUGCAGCCUUCAGGCACCUCAAGCAUCUCGCCUUGGCUCUUGAUCUCCCUCGGACUGAACGCAUGCCAUCGCCCUUUUCCCCUUCCUUCAGGCUCCUGAAUUCCCUGGAGCUCAACUCACGCUAUGCGCGCGCGCGUCUCUCCUACACACGGCAGCCGCCACUCCCUCCCGUGCACCUCCUCCCCUCACUGCAGUCCCUCUCUCUCCUCUACGUUCCCUCCGACUACCUCUCCAUUCCCCGCUGCUCCUCCCUCACCUCCCUCACUCUUUGGGCCCCUGAAUCCUCCGCUCUCUCCUCCCUUGCCUUCUCCUCCUCUUCCCCCUCCUCCUCCGCCGUUGCGUCCUCCCCUCCAUCCCCUCUCUGCACAUCUCUCAGAUCUCUCACAAUUUACUCUGCCGAACUUGAGGCCUCCCUUGCAUCCCUCUCCCUCUUCCCCUCCCUCUCCUCCCUCUCCCUCCACUCCUGCACCAUCGACCCAUACAAGCUCCGCUCUCUCUCACGCUCCCUCCACUCCCUCACCCACUUCACCAUCCACUCCUGCCCACUCAUCUCCUCCCACUCCCUCGCCCCCAUCCUCCAAGCCAACCCUGCUCUCUCCUCCCUCUCCCUCCACGGAACAAAUUACUGUCUGUUUGCCGCACAGCGAUUCUGGUCUCUCCUCUCGCACUCCUCCUCCCAGCUCCACUCCCUCCACCUCGCCGGCCUCCCAUCCUUCCACCCGGGCUUGCUUGCAGCCUGCAGUGCCCUGCGGUCGCUCAGUCUGGAAGGGGUGGGUAUUUCUUCGGACUCCCGGUUGCCGCGCACUGUAACAUUGGACGGCCUUGUGGGUAUGCUCGUGUGUGUGGAACAAAGAGGAGGGGCAGGAGGGAGGGCAGGAGGGGGGGCAGGAGGGAAGGCAGGAGGGGGGGCAGGAGGGAAGGCAAAAGAGGAUGGUGGAGCAGACAUAUCAGAGAGAGCUCAUCCGGGUGCUUCUGAAGCAGCUGCAGCAGCUGCAGCAGCAGGGGUAUCCCCAAGAGGGGACGACAAGCAGUGGGGGAGGUACGUGGAUAUUCGCAGAGAGGCAGAGGCAGCACAGGAAGAUAAGCUAGCAGCGGCAAAGAACAUUAUCCCCCUCAUGAACGCAGCCCAUCAAGCUUCCAGAACCGCCCAUUCCGAUGCACUUUCAGCAGCGCGUUUGGAGGGUGUAAACGCCGUGCCUCGCAUCGUUGCCAGCUUCGGGAAGAUCAGUCCUGAUGGCCUGUCUGAGGGUGUGCUGGGUGGGGUUCGGUCUGGUGCGGUGGAGACACGUGCAGAGGGGGUGGAGAGGCUGCAUGCGCUGAUUGAGGAGCUGGGGGAGCACACUAAUGCCAUGUCUGCGAGCUUCAAUUCCAUGCGCCCACUCUCCCCCACCCUGCCUUGGCCAUUGAUUGAUGCGGCAUCAGCAGGAGGUGGGGCAGCAGGAGGUGGGGCAGCAACACCAGGAGGAGGAGAAGGGGGAGCAACAGCGCAUGGGGUGGCAGCAGUGCGUGAGGGAAGAGCAGCAGUGCACCGAGCGAGAGGAGGGGCAGCGGAAGCAUCGCAGCGAGUGGAAAUCACACCAGAAGACAGAGGGCUGGGAGAGGCGGCCGCAGGGGAGGCGGCAGCAGGAGAAGCAGCAGCAGGGGAAGCAGCAGCAGGGAAUGCGGCAGCAGGGGAGACAGCACCAGGGGAUGCAAAACCAAGCAGCGGAAAGUCAAGCUUCAGGCAUUCUGAAGGGAGCAAAGCAGCAGCAGCAGUCCCCGUGCAAGUGUACUGCCCUCCUCUGGAGUCUCUGACCCUCCGAUCCCUCCACUUCGCCUCCCCGCCCCAUGUCCCCUGGCUGCCUCCCUCCCUUUCUUCUGAGUCUCCUCACAUGUACCUCUCGUCAUCCCCCUCUCCACCGUCCUAUUCAUGCCACUCAUCCUCCUCCUCUUCCCGCUCCUACUCUGCCUCGUGCCCAAGCUGUCACCCAAUGUCCUUUGAGUCCCUUGCCCGAGCUGCAGCCUUCAGGCACCUCAAGCAUCUCGCCUUGGAGUGCUGCGUAGGGUUGAAGGAGCAGGAGUGGCUGGUACUCCUCACAGCGUGCUCUAAGUUGGAGGAGCUAAGGCUCGUGAUGGCGGAAGACAGAGAAGGCGCCGAGGAUAGCAGGCUGCUAUUGCUCCCUGACGACCUCCUCAAAAUCAUUCUCGGCCUCGCGGAUCACCCAUCCGAUCGCAGCAACGCCGCGCUCUCCUGCGCCCGCCUCCACCACCUCUCGCGGCGCACACCACAUGCGCUCCGACUCGAGUUCCACUCCAGGCUCUUGGCUUCACUGGAGUUGAACUCGCCCUCUGUGCGCUCGUGUCUCUCUCACACACAGCAGCCGGCGCUCCCCCCAGUGCACCUAUUCCCCUCACUGCAGUCCCUCUCUCUCCUCUACGUUCCCUCGGACUUACUCCCCAUUCCCCGCUGCUCCUCCCCCACCUCCCUCACCCUCUGGGCACCUGAAUCCUCCACUCUCUCCUCUCUUGUCUCCUCAUCCUCCUCUUCCUCCCAUGCUUCCUUCUCCUCCCUUGACUCCUCCACUACCUCCUCCCCCCUGGCGUCCUCCCUCCCACCCUCUCUCUUCACAUCUCUCACAUCUCUCACGAUCCACUCUGCUGAACUGCAAGGCUUCCUCGCUUUCCUGCCCCUCUUCCAUUCCCUCUCCUCCCUCUCCCUCCACUCCUGCACCAUCGACCCAUACGAACUCCGCUCCCUCUCACGCUCCCUCCACUCACUCACCCACCUCACCAUCCACUCCUGCCCACUCGUCUCCUCCCAAUCUCUCGCACCCAUCUUCGCUCUCUCCUCCCUCUCCCUCCACGGAACAAAUUACUGUCUGUGUGCCGCAGAGCGCUUUUGUUCUCUCCUCUCGCACUCCUCCUCCCAGCUCCACUCCCUCCACCUCGCCGGCUUCUCAUCUUUCCGCCCGGGCUUGCUUGCAGCCUGCAGUGCCCUGCGGUCGCUCAGUCUGGAAGGGGUGGAUCUUUCUUCAAACGCCCGAUUGCCGCGUGCUGUAACAUUGGACGGCCUUGUGGGUAUGCUUGUGAGGGUGGAACGGAGAGGAGGGGCAGGAGGGGGGGCAGGAGGGGAGGCAGGAGGGGGGGCAGGAGGGGGGGCAGGAGGGGGUGCAGGAGGGGAGGGAGGAGGGAAGGCAGGAGGGGGGGCAGGAGGGAAGGAUGGUGGAGCAGACAUAUCAGAGAGAGCUCAUCCGGGUGCUUCUGCAGCAGCUGCAGAAGCACGGGUAUCCUCAAGAGGGAGCGACAAGCAGUGGGGGAGGUACGUGGAUAUUCGCAGAGAGGCAGAGGCAGCGCAGGAAGAUAAGCUUGCUGCGGCGAUGAACGUUGUCCCCCUCCUGCAGGUAGCCCAUCGAGCUUCCAGUACCGCCGAUUCUGAUGCGCUCUUGGCUGUGCGUGUUGAGGGUGAGGGCGCCGUGCCUUGGAUCGUUGCCAGCCUCGGGAAGAUCAGGUACGGGAUUUCAGCGUGCCGGACCUUCUGUGCCGGGAUACGUGAGGCCAAUGGGGCGAUCAAGUGGGAGGAGGCACUGAUGCAGGCGUUUGCUGCUGCUGUUGCUGGUGGUGGUGGUGCUGCUGCUGCUGUUGCUGCUCCUCACCAUGCAGCAGGGUUUUUCACUAUGGAGUUGAAUCCUGAAGAAGAGGAGGACAGGGAUGGGGAGGAGACAGAAGCAGGAGAUGGAAGCAGUGGCAUGGAUGACAUGUUACGUCAUGAUGGCCUGCCUGAGAGUUUGCUAAGUGGGGUACGGUCUGAUGUGGUGGAGACACGUGCUGAGGGGAUUGAACGGCUGCUGGCGCUGAUGGAGGAGCUGCGUGAACACACAGACGCCAUGUCUGCGAGCUUCGAUUCCAUGCGCCCAGUGAUGGAAGCAGUGCUAGUUGGAGGUGGGGCGGCAACACCAGGAGGAGGAGAUGGAGCAGCAGGGGGUGGGGCAGCAGCAGGAGGUGGGGCAGCAGCAGCAGGAGGAGGAGGCGAAGCAGCAGCAGCUCAUGGGGGGGCGGCAGUGCGUGAGGGAAGAGCAGCAGUGCCAGGAGUGAGAGGAGGGGCGGCGGAAGCAUCGCAGCGGGUGGAAAGCACGCUGGAAGACAAAAGGCUGGUGGAGGGGGCAGCAGGGGAUGCAAAACCAAGCAGCGGAAAGUCAAGCCUCGAGCAUUCUGAAGGGAGCCAAGCAGCAGUCCCCGUGGACGUGUUAUGCCCUUCUCUGGAGUCCCUGACCCUUCAGUCCCUCCGCUUCACUUCCCCGCCCCAUGUCCCCUGGCUGCCUCCCUCCCUUUCUUCUGAGUCUCCCCGCAUCUGUCAGCCAAUGUCGUUUGAGUCCCUUGCCCGGGCUGCAGCAUUCAGGCACCUCAAGCUGCUCGCCCUGGUGUGCUGCGUGGGGUUGAAGGAGCAGGAAUGGCUGGAACUAUUCGGAGCGUGCUCCAAUUUGGAGGAGCUAAGGGAGGCCUACGAUUCCAGUAUAAGAUCCCCGCACGUGCUGCUGUGCGGCCACACUUUCUGCAAGCACUGCGUGCUCAUCCUCCCUAUAGCCGUCUUCAAUAAGCUGCCAUCGCUGCAGAUCCAGCUGCCAUGGCUCGUGGAUUGUCCGCUGUGCCACUGGGUGACUCCUAGGCUCGUCGUUGAGGGGAAUCUGCAGUACCCUUUCAAGAACUUCUCCCUGCUGUGGCUUCUAGAGGCUUCCAGGCUCGCUCUCCCUCGAGGCGUCAGCUCACCCACCUCUGCUGCCAGCGCCACCGCCAGCCGGGCGAUCCAAUGGUUCCCGUUCAUUCGCACGGGGAUCAACGGUGCGGCGUUCUACCUGGGCCGUCUGCGGCAGCUGUGCACGCGGUUACCGUUUCUGGGAGUGCUGGCGGUGGUGAGCUUUGUGAUUGUGCCCUGGUGCUCCCUUGCUCUGCUCUGCUACCUGGCAGUGUUUCUGUUUGUGGCCGUGCCUGCUGCCGUGUGCCUUGUGCUCUCCAUUUACUGGUCCGAAACGCUUCUGAGGAGACUGACUGGCAUGCCCUGA